AUGGAUGGCAAACAGAAGAAAGAUGGUGGCGACGAAUUUGUAGAGGUUGUCAUGACCAGCGAUGAGGACGUCACAUCUGCUGUAUCUCACGACGAUUCAGACCACGACGAUUCAGACCCAGGUACCUCUUUGUCGGUAGCGAUGUCCGCCGUCGAAUCUUUAGGACGACCUACACCUCAGCAAGCUAUCGGUUGGUCUCCUGACCACAUGCUCGGCAGAGACACAGACACUGGCGACAUUAUCCCUUUCGGAUCCCCCUCUCCAUCGCCUUUUCCCGCGAUCCAUUUCCCUUCCACGACCGUAGACUCUAUCCUUGGGGUCCCUGUCCCUGUGGCUCUGGGAUUUGAGGACCACAGCGGAACAGGAAGCUCAGAGGACUAUGUCUGGGACGGCGACAGCGAUGACGAACGGCAAGCGGGAUUUCUUGCAAGUUACCAUGCCCAAUGGGAUGGUCAAAGCGCGUCUGAGACGACCAGCGAGACUGAAUGGAGUUCGGGACUCUUCGAAGCGCAGUCGCUAGGCGACGAAAGCGAAAGCGAAUGGGAUUCGAUGUUGAUCGCCCACUACGAAGCACACUGGGACCGGGAGGAACAAAGCGAAAGGGACGUGUUUGCGUCGUCGCUCGCAAGAGACGAAGAGAUGUGGGAUGGCCUCAGCGAUGACGAAUACGAAUUUGCGUCGUCGCUCGCAAGCUACGAGGAGCUGUGGGAUGGCCUCAGCGACAUCGAAUGCGAAUUUGCAUCCCCGCUCGCAAGCUACGAAAGGCUCUUUGACGAGGUUGAAUACGAAUUCCCCGUCCAGCUCUGGGGUAGGGACGACCAACGCGAGUGGGAUUCGGGGUCUCAUGGAGGCGAUUCAGGGAGUGUGUAUUACGGUGACGAUGAAUUGGCAAGUCGAGACUUGGAGGAAGGGAGAAGUGCAGUUGGUGAGACAAUUGACUCCGACGAAGAACGCGACAUGCAGACUGUCGCUUCCAUCCUUACCUCGGCAACCGCACUGGAGGACCUUUGA